CAUAGCGAAGGACCCGGUGGACAAGGCGGCGGUGGCGGGCGUUGCGAUCGACUACGCUGUCUGUCGCUGGAGCGCACUUCGCUGGCAGCCCUCAUCGCUCGCUCGGAUUGCUGUGAAGCCGGCGCCAUGUCUGUGAGCGAGAUCUUCGUGGAGCUGCAGGGCUUUCUGGCUGCCGAGCAGGACAUCCGAGAGGAAAUUCGAAAAGUUGUUCAGAGUUUAGAACAAACAGCUCGAGAGAUUUUAACUUUACUCCAAGGAGUCCAUCAGGGUGCUGGAUUUCAAGACAUUCCAAAGAGGUGUUUGAAAGCUCGAGAACAUUUUGGUACAGUAAAAACACAUCUAACAUCUUUGAAGACCAAAUUCCCUGCUGAACAGUAUUACAGAUUUCAUGAGCACUGGAGAUUUGUGUUGCAGCGCUUGGUCUUCUUGGCAGCAUUUGUUGUGUACUUGGAAUCAGAAACACUAGUGACACGAGAAGCAGUUACAGAAAUUCUUGGCAUUGAGCCAGAUCGGGAGAAAGGAUUUCAUUUGGAUGUUGAAGAUUAUCUCUCAGGAGUUCUAAUUCUUGCUAGUGAAUUGUCUAGGCUGUCUGUCAACAGUGUGACUGCUGGAGACUACUCUCGGCCCCUUCACAUCUCCACCUUCAUCAAUGAGCUGGAUUCUGGUUUCCGCCUUCUCAACUUGAAAAACGACUCUCUGAGGAAGCGCUAUGAUGGCUUGAAGUAUGACGUGAAGAAAGUAGAGGAGGUGGUCUAUGAUCUGUCCAUCCGGGGCUUCAAUAAGGAGACAGCAGCAGCUUGCGUAGAGAAAUAGGCUUUCCCUGUACCUGGCGUUGCUGCCCCCAGGGGUUGCCAGUGAGUGUGAGCACAGUGCCUCUCACGGUAGUUAGGACGCCCAUUGCUAAACACCGCGCGCUUUAUUUUCUUAACCUGUUGUGUGGUGUAAGUAUCAGAAUUGAAACACUUGGGGAGGGCAAAAGAAUAGUGUUUACAAGGACAGAUUUUCUUUUGUUCAGUGAAUUUGUUCUGUAUUUUAAUGUAUUUCAGUUCUGUCAAAAGUGUAAAUGUCAAUCUCUCGGUAAAGUCUUUUUCAUGCUUACCCUGAUGCUGUUGAUAUGUUGAGUGGGAGUUUAUUGUCUUGUUUGUGAUUCUUCCAGAGCUAUCCUUGAUGUUUUGUAUAUCCGAAUUAGCCACCAUAUCCAGGUAUAACCUGAUUACAGUAUAAAAAUACAAGGGAUGGUUGCCAAGCAAAGGACUACUUAUUUCUUAUUUUCCUUCCUAAUUUUGUCUUGUGAGUAAAUCAGAUGUUGAAAUAUUUUACAAGGAAGUUAUAACCCUAGGAUUCUCUCUCACUGCCACCAAAAUAUAAAAAAUUAAACUGCAAAGUCACAUUCGACAUAUUAUUUUGGGGGAGAUUUUGUAGUAGGGGGUUUAGUAUUAUCUUACUUGGCUCUAUUUACAAGGUGGGAAGUGGGGCUUACUGUUUUAAAACACCUCUGUUAUCUGAUGUUGCCUUAACUUUCUGCAACUGCAGCAAUUAAAAAUUGUCUUCACGCACAUCUUGAUAUUCUAAGCUAUGAAAGCUUUUUCCUAGCAGCUGGCUAGACCGUUUGGUCUGGGAAUAUAAAGCAACCCAGUCGAGUUAAUUAGCAAUAUCCUGACUAGUAUGUUCUUCAUGAAAAAAUGCUGUGCUUUGUCUGGAGGAAAGAUACAGUUUGGGGUUAAGAAAAAUCAGCUGAUUUGGUGGGUUUUUGUGUUUGUUUUUAAGAAUAUGCAAUUUCUAAAACUGUUGAUGGCUAUCCUAACAGUUGAGUUUUAGAUUUAUAAUUUUGGUUUAAGUCAUGUUAAUCUGUUGACACUCUUCCCUCUUUCCAUUUUCAGGAAGUACUAUUGAACUGAAUUUAUUAAAAUGGUGACUUAGUCAAGUGCUCUGGAGAUAGCGGAAUAGAAGGUGCUAACAUUUCCAAUAUAAUCAGAAUUAUUUUGCAGUAUCACCUUUUCACACCUUGUACUAGUUUGGGCUUCCUAUUUGCAUGGAGGGAUAUUUGACAUUGCCACAAGAACUGUUAUUAGGCUCAAUUAAGGACAGACUUAUCUUUUCGAUCAAGAAGAAGGACAUAGAAUUGAGACAUUGGAUUUUAGAAUAAAUUUCUUGGCAGCUCUUUCUGCAGAAGAGUUUGUAGACAGAAAAUAUGUGUGAGGGUCUUCAAAGUAGCUAGGACAGUCAUCUAAAGUGAGCAGUAGUAGUACUGCCUAGGUAAAUGUGAUUACUAUGUGAUUAGACUAUGCAGUAAGUUUGGUGGUAGUUUUCUUUGCUUCUAAGUAUUGAUCUGCUGUAGAACAUUAAAAUUCUUGGCAGGAAUUGUGAAUUUCAGUUUCAACAAUUGCAUUUUAAGUGGAGCACGUUUGGGUCUCAUAACUCCAUGUGAGAAUUUAUAAGUGUCAUACUUAACAAUAUUUUAAUUUGUGUUGCUGGCUUGUAAAGCAAUAAAAUUUUU